AGUGUUCCAAUUUUCGGAGCCAGUGCCGGGCGCGUGCCAUACAGAACAAGGAGACCGGCCAGGUGCAGCUGCGCAAUGGAGUUCACAAUCACAUUCGUGGGCAGAAAAUGGCCGCACACAAAGCUACAAAUUGACUAAUGUGGCGCAAUAUGUGCGCUCCAAUCGCGGCACGGACCUGGUCUACUAUGAGGGCAACACGUACACGCCCAACGAGAAGCUGCGCGAGGGUCAAAAGUCGCGCGACUGGAAGUGCUCCAUGUACCACAAGGCCAAGUGUCGGGCCCGCCUGGUGACGCGCAUCACCAGCCAUGGGGAUCUGAUACACGUGACCAGCUACAGGCACACGCAUCCGGUCAUGUUUAUGCUGCAACCGCAGCAGCAGCAGCAGCAGGAGAGCCUGGACGUGGAUAAGCUCUGUCUGGCGCGCAAUCCGCUGUGCAUGGGGAUACGCCCGGUCAAACUAAGCUAAGGCUCUUGAGUGCAAAUAAAACUUAACUUAUGUGCAUCUUUUAA